AUGCCGGUCCGCAGGGGCCACGUCGCGCCCCAAAACACUUACCUGGACACCAUCAUCCGCAAGUUCGAGGGCCAGAGUCGUAAGUUCCUGAUCGCCAAUGCUCAGAUGGAGAACUGCGCCAUCAUUUACUGCAACGAUGGCUUCUGUGAGCUCUUCGGCUACUCCCGAGUGGAAGUGAUGCAGAGACCGUGCACCUGCGACUUCCUCACAGGCCCCAACACCCCACGCAGUGCCAUGUCCCGCCUGGCGCAGGCCCUGCUGGGGGCCGAGGAGUGCAAGGUGGACAUCCUCUACUACCGCAAGGAUGCCUCCAGCUUCCGCUGCCUGGUGGAUGUGGUGCCCGUGAAGAACGAGGAUGGGGCCGUCAUCAUGUUCAUCCUCAACUUCGAGGACCUGGCCCAGCUCCUGGCCAAGCGAGGGAGCCGCAGUCUGUCCCAGCGCCUGCUGUCCCAGAGCUUCCUGGGCUCUGAUGGCUCUCACGGCAGGCCGAGUGCACAGGGACCUGGCACGGGCAGGGUCAAGUACAGGACCGUCAGCCAGAUCCCGCAGUUCACACUCAACUUUGUGGAGUUCAACCUGGAGAAGCACCGCUCGGGCUCCACCACAGAGAUUGAGAUCAUCGCGCCCCACAAGGUGGUGGAGCGGACCCAGAACGUCACCGAGAAGGUCACCCAGGUCCUGUCCCUGGGCGCGGACGUGCUGCCGGAGUACAAGCUGCAGGCGCCGCGCAUCCACCGCGGGACCCUCCUGCACUACAGCCCCUUCAAGGCCGUGUGGGACUGGCUUAUCCUGCUGCUGGUCAUCUACACGGCCGUCUUCACGCCCUACUCGGCCGCCUUCCUGCUCAGCGACCAGGACGAGUCUCAGCGCGGGGCCUGCGGCUACACCUGCAGCCCGCUCACCGUGGUGGACCUCAUCGUGGACAUCAUGUUUGUUGUGGACAUCGUCAUCAACUUCCGCACCACCUACGUCAACACCAACGACGAGGUGGUCAGCCACCCCCGCCGCAUCGCCGUCCACUACUUCAAGGGCUGGUUCCUCAUCGACAUGGUGGCCGCCAUCCCCUUCGACCUGCUCAUCUUCCGCACCGGAUCCGAUGAGACCACAACCCUGAUUGGGCUGCUGAAGACUGCGAGGCUGCUGCGGCUGGUGCGCGUGGCUCGGAAGCUGGACCGCUACUCUGAGUACGGGGCGGCUGUGCUCUUCCUGCUCAUGUGUACCUUCGCGCUCAUCGCGCACUGGCUGGCCUGCAUCUGCAGCCUCACCAGCGUGGGCUUCGGCAACGUCUCACCCAACACCAACUCUGAAAAGGUCUUCUCCAUCUGCGUCAUGCUUAUUGGCUCCCUCAUGUACGCCAGCAUCUUCGGCAACGUGUCGGCCAUCAUCCAGCGCCUGUACUCGGGCACCGCGCGCUACCACACGCAGAUGCUGCGAGUCAAGGAGUUCAUCCGCUUCCACCAGAUCCCCAACCCGCUGCGGCAGCGCCUCGAGGAGUACUUCCAGCACGCCUGGUCCUACACCAACGGCAUCGACAUGAACGCGGUGCUGAAGGGCUUCCCCGAGUGCCUGCAGGCCGACAUCUGCCUGCACCUGCACCGCGCGCUGCUGCAGCACUGCCCGGCCUUCCGCGGCGCCAGCAAGGGCUGCCUGCGAGCGCUCGCCGUCAAGUUCAAGACGACGCACGCGCCGCCCGGGGACACGCUGGUGCACCUCGGCGACGUGCUCUCCACGCUCUACUUCAUCUCCCGUGGCUCCAUCGAGAUCCUGCGCGACGACGUGGUGGUGGCCAUCCUCGGAAAGAAUGACAUCUUUGGGGAGCCUGUUAGCCUCCAUGCCCGGCCAGGCAAGUCCAGUGCAGAUGUACGGGCCCUGACCUACUGUGACCUGCACAAGAUCCAGCGGGCAGACCUGCUGGAGGUGCUGGACAUGUACCCCGCCUUCGCAGACAGCUUCUGGAGUAAGCUGGAGGUCACCUUCAACCUGCGGGACGCAGGCGGGGGUCUCCAGUCAUCACCCCAACAGGCUCCAGGCAGCCAGGCCCACCAAGGCUUCUUCCUCAGUGACAACCAGUCAGGUGCAGCCCCUUCCCUGAGCAUUUCAGAUGCAUCUGGCCUCUGGCCUGAGUUGCUGCAGCAAGUGCCUCCCAGGCCAAGUCACAGCCCCCCAAACCCUCAGGGACACCCAGACUGCUGGCCUCGGGAGCUAGGCUCCAGGCUUGAGCAACUUCAGGCCCAGAUGAACAGGCUGGAGUCCCGCCUGUCCUUAGACCUCAGCCGCAUCCUGCAGCUCCUCCAGCAGCCCCUGCCCCAGGACCACACUGGCUACAUUCUGGGAGCCCCUGUCUCCAAUGACCUGGCCUUGUUUCCUGCAACCUCAGUGACUCAGAAUCCAGGAAUGAGACUAGCCCAGGGCGAUCUGCCCCCUGCACAGACCCCCAGCUGUGGUGACCUGGAAGAAUGGAGGCCAAAGCUUGGGAACUCCUCGUCUAGGAUGCCGCCCCCGGCCACAGAAAUGGACAAAACUCUGCCACUGUCCUCAGAACAGAAGCAGCCUGAGGGGCUCCUGUCACCCCUGACCUCACCUCUGCAUCCCCUAGAGGAACGGGGACUUGUCUGUGGUCCCCGCUUUCCCUCCCUCCCUGAACACCUCAGCUCUGUCCCCAAACAGCUGGAGUUCCAGAGACAUGGCUCAGAUCCUGGAUUUGCGAGGAGCUAG